AAUAGCCGUCAGUGGCACUCCUCUCGUCAAUGAACGUUGGAAAGAUGGCGACGGCAUAUGCACAAGCGAGAGUCCACUGUGCCGGCGGAUCGAAAGUGCUUCAAAGAGACUAAUAUCUGUCUUCUGUGCAAAAAUCUAACGGUGCAAAGUCCGUUCGCUGUUGCCUAGACAUGGUUUAGUCCAUGCACGGCGAAGAAUAAGACGCCGCUUUCUCGCAAUGGAGCCCCCGGAUCGCUACAAGCCCAGCAGGCAGGGCAACCCACGGGAAGAUGAAUCCCGGCAGAACUCUCAGGCGGAGGAAUCCUGGGAUUCGCCCAGCGAGGAAGAGGAACCCCUGUAUGCUACAUCACCGCCUUACACACCCCGUCAGAUGAAACGUAUGUCUGGCAAACAUCAUCAGAAAAACAGCCAGUCAAGGAGUGGUGGACGUUCUCCCUGCAAGCCGGACCUCAGCCCAUCUGUCCUGAAAGAGAGCCUCCAGCCGGCAGAGAAGCCUGAGGAGCACAGCUACAAGCAGGGCAAGAAGCAGAGAGCCACUCUCCGUUCCACAGAGAGAGACAACAAAAAGACCUUUGAGACCUUCAUGCUGGACCCGCUGUCCAAAUCAGGCCCCCUUGGCGCCCUCAACAUGGACCCCAGGAAGCACUACCUGAGCUUGGGCUGCAGCAGUUGCAAACUCCCCGUGUCCAUGCCCCACAUGGCCCGCACGCACCGCCAGACCUCCAGGACGGACUGUCCGGCGGACCGCCUCAAGUUCUUCGAGACACUGCGGCUGCUGCUCAAGCUCACGUCCAUGUCCUCUAAGCGCAAGGAGAAGGAGCAGCGAGGCCUGGAGAACAUGGCCUUCAUGGGGCACAAUAAUGAAGUCAUUUGGCUGGAGCUGCAGGCCUGGCACGCACGCCGCUCCAUCAGCGACCAGGAUUUCUUCCUCUUCACGGCCCGCCAGGCCAUCCCCGACCUCAUCAACGAGGUGCUGCAUUUCAAGGUGAAGUAUGACAGCCUCAGCCUCAGACAGUCCCAGUGUUUAGGGUCCCAAACCAUUCAUGUGGACUGCCAGACUGUUAGGGCUGUCCCAAAUCUAGACUGUAAAGAUAAACGCGAGCCAGCUGUAGCGGAAACCAACCACUGUGGAAUAGAUCCCUGGGGCUUUAGUGCUUGCCCGUCCACUGGGAUGAAUGCUGCAGAGCCCCUGGGUUCAGGCGCCGACUGCAAGGAGCACCUUCAGAGGCAGCGGUUGGCCUUUGAACAGGUCAAGCAGGUAAUGGAGCUGCUGGAGUAUGUGGAAGCGCUGUACCCCUCAUUGCAAGCCUUGCAAAGGGACUAUGAAAAGUAUGCAGCACGAGACUUCCAGGGCAGAGUGCAGGCGCUCUGUUUGUGGCUCAACAUCACUCAGGACCUCAACCAAAAGCUGCGUGUCAUGGCCACCGUCCUGGGCCUUUGUGACCUAUCUCGCAUCGGCUGGCCCGUCUUUGAGAUCCCGUCCCCCCGCUGCUCCCGUGGCAACGAUGAAGACGAGAACGAGGAGGACGAGGAGAACAACUCAACCGCCACUUUCACGGCGGAUAGCGACGGGGAGGACAGGGUUGCAGAGGAGGAAGAAGAAGAGGAGGAGACGGUGGCAUGUAUUCUAACUGAGGGAGAGCUGUCUCCCACUCUGACUCCCAAAUUUGCCCGAUUGUUGUCAGAGGAAGAGUUUCUCCCGACGGCAGGGUCGGGAUGUGCAGAAACACAGGGAGGAGGAGGCGUGUUCUGCCCCACAGCCAUCUACAGGCCCUUUGUGGAUAAAGCACUGAAGCAGAUGGGACUGCGCAAACUGAUCCUUAGACUGCACAAACUGAUGGACCGCUCUCUACAGAGGUCCAGGGCAGCCCUGCUCUGCCACACACCUGCACUGGAGUUUGCCGAUUUCCCAGACCCGAUGCUGUACAAUGACUACCUGCCAGAGCUGUCACGCCAGGGCUCAUGCAGCGGCUCGGCCGACCCAGAACUCGGGGCAGACCAAGUGUCUUGGGAAGAUUUGCUGGACAUGGAUCUACCGUCCUUCCGGCCGGCGUUCCUCGUGCUUUGCAGAGUUCUCCUCAAUGUCAUCCAUGAGUGCCUCAAGCUGCGACUGGAGCAGAGACCUGCUGGAGAACCUUCACUACUGAGUAUCAAACAGUUGGUGCGUGAAUGUAAGGAGGUUCUCAAAGGCGGCCUCCUUAUGAAGCAGUACUAUCAGUUCAUGCUGCGCGGCGUUGUCACUGAUGCUCAGGGCCUGCAGACCAACGCCAACAUUGACGAGUUUGAGGAGGAUCUGCACAAGAUGCUUGUGGUGUACUUUGACUACAUGCACAGCUGGAUACAGAUGUUGCAGCAGCUGCCUCAGGCCUCUCACAGCCUAAAGAACCUGCUCGAGGAGGAGUGGCACUUCACCAAGGACAUCACCCCCUACAUCCGUGGAGGGGAGGCCCAGUCUGGGAAGCUUUUCUGUGACAUUGCCGGGAUGCUGCUCAAAUCCACCGGAGAGUUCCUUGAUGCUGGGCUACAAAAGAGUGGAAAUGAAUUUUGGGAAAGUGCUGACGACAGCACCGCCUCAGAUGAGAUCAGGCGGUCAGUGAUUGAGACCAGUCGGUCACUUAAAGAGCUGUUUCACGAGGCCAGGGAACGUGCAUCCAAGGCUCUGGGCUUUGCCAAAAUGCUUCGCAAGGACUUGGAGGUUGCUGCUGAUUUCAGCAUCACUAACGGGGUGGCGUCUCUCCUAGAGGCUCUAAAGAAAAGGAGCUAUGUCAAGGUUCAGAUUCCCGGCUUGGAGGAGCUGCAGGUGUUUGUUCCCUUUGGCUUGUUGGCUCAGAGGCCUCUCAUCCUGCAGCUCCUCAAUGCUGCUGCGGGUAAAGAUUGCUCCAAGGAGCCAGAUGAAAUGGCUGAGGAUGAGGCCUACCUGUUGAUGAGCAAGCACCGCACCGGGGAUUUGACGGCUGAUUCUGACUGGACUCGGUGGGACGGAGAGCUGCUCAAACUGGUUCCUCAAAUGGAAACGGUGGACACUCUGAGGGCCAUGAAGGUGGAGAACAUGCUCAUGAUUGUGAUGCAGUCGGCUCAUCUGGUAGCUCAGCGGAAGGCUGUCCAGCAGUCCAUGGAGGAUGUGCUCACUCUUAGCCGUGAGCAAACAUCCAGUCAGCCUCUUAUCGCCGGUGCUCUGGAGGAGCUGAAGGAUGAAGCCCUGCAGCUUUGCAUUAAGAUCAGCUCGGCCAUUGAUCGGGUGGAGUACAUGUUCACGUCUGAGUUUGAGGCCGAGGUGGAGGAGUCCGAGUCGGCCACUCUGCAGCAGUACUAUAGAGAGGCGAUGAUCCAGGGAUACAACUUUGCCUUUGAGUACCACAAGGAGGUGGUGCGCCUCAUGUCAGGGGAGUACAGGCAGAGGAUCGGCGAGCGCUACAUUGCCUUUGCCCGCAAGUGGAUGACGUAUGUCCUGACUAAGUGCGAGAGUGGCCGGGGCACCAAGCCUAGGUGGGCGACUCAGGGCUUUGACUUCCUUCAGGCUAUUGAACCUGCGUUCAUAUCAGCAUUACCAGAAGAUGACUUCCUGAAUUUACAAGCACUGAUGAAUGAAUGCAUCGGACACGUGAUCGGAAAACCUCACAGCCCAGUCACAGGCUUGUACAUUGCCCCGAGAAAUAGCCCUCGGCCUGUUAAAGUCCCUCGCUGUCACAGUGACCCACCAAAUCCAAAUCUUUUCAUCCCCAAUGCUGAAGGGUUCAGCUCUCGAAGUCUUCCCUGCGACCUCCGGAAUCAGCUAUUCCCCAACGGCCCUCGGCCCAUCCCGCAGGGCCAGGGGGAACAUGGCAACAUGAAAGCACCCGGCAGCGCCCCCAAUGACGUCAGGGGAUCCAGUUUCCACGAGAACGACCGUCUGUCAAAUUUCAAGUCGCUGAGCCGCCAUUCAAGCCCCACAGAUGACCGAGAAGAACCUUCUUAUCCAAAGGGCGACUCCAACAGUACCACACGCAGAAGCUGGGAGCUCCGCACCUUCAUCAGCCAAUCCAAAGACUCAGGAGCCCGGCAAAGCCCGCUGGAGGCGGUCCGUCGCUCCAUCCGCAAGUUUGAAGACAAGCGCUACGCCGUGAUGAAGCAACGCAACAUCAUUGGCCAGGUCUGUCACACGCCCAAGUCCUACGACAAUGUCAUGCACGUCGGCCUCAGGAAAGUCACCUUCAAGUGGCAGAGGGGUAACAAAAUUGGUGAGGGUCAGUAUGGAAAAGUGUACACAUGCAUCAAUGUGGACACUGGAGAGCUCAUGGCCAUGAAAGAGAUCAGAUUUCAGCCCAACGACCACAAAACCAUAAAGGAGACUGCAGACGAACUGAAAAUCUUUGAAGGCAUUAAGCACCCAAACCUGGUGCGCUACUUUGGAGUGGAGCUCCACAGGGAGGAGAUGUACAUCUUCAUGGAGUACUGUGACGAAGGCACGCUGGAGGAGGUGUCCAGACUGGGCCUGCAGGAGCACGUCAUCAGGCUGUACAGUAAACAGAUCACCACCGCCAUCAACGUCCUCCAUGAACACGGCAUUGUCCACAGAGACAUCAAGGGAGCCAACAUCUUUCUGACGUCUUCUGGCCUCAUCAAACUGGGUGACUUUGGCUGUUCAGUCAAGUUAAGAAACAACACUCACACCAUGCCGGGGGAGGUCAACAGCACUCUGGGGACAGCCGCCUACAUGGCACCUGAAGUCAUCACGAGGGCAAAAGGUGAAGGUCAUGGAAGAGCAGCAGAUAUCUGGAGUUUAGGCUGCGUCCUCAUUGAGAUGGUGACAGGAAAGAGACCUUGGCAUGAGUAUGAGCACAACUUUCAGAUCAUGUACAAAGUGGGCAUGGGCCACAAACCCCCCAUCCCGGAGAAGCUGAGCACAGAGGGCAAGGACUUCUUGGGCCACUGUCUGGAGAGCGAACCUAAACGACGCUGGACAGCGAGCAUGCUGCUUGACCACCCCUUUGUCAAGGUGUGUACGGAUGAGGAGUGAACACAGCAUUUGUGACUUUUGGACUUUGCAAGCGCACAAGUGUGUAGAAGUAGAAGUUUUGGCAGAAGGCACAUGGAGUUAAAGUGAGGAACAGAAUCCAUUCAGUAGUCCUCUCUUUAUGUACCGAUGAACUUUGUGUAUAUAAUGUAAGAAUAACAUCUGCAUUCAUGCUUGUAUAAACAAUAUUGUAAAUUAAUUAUUGACACCUUUGUUGUUCUCACUGGUGAAGAGACCUGUGAAAAGGCAUUGAACAUUACUGUUUUUUUUAACAAAUGGGUGGGGUCUGAAUGGGGUGGGCGUGGGGGUGGUACCAAACCGUAUGGCACUUUUAAACUGUUUACCCGAGUGGGCAGUUAGUUGAGUGGAGGGGGGAAGAAUUUCAUUUCAGUGGAAUGUUUAGAGGCUGAAAAAUCUCACUGAAUGAAUGGAAGGAUAGCUGCUUUGAUCUUUUUAUGAAAUGAACACCAUCCAAAUAUUCAAAUUAAUUUAUCAUUUGCCAAGUGUUAGCAUCAGGAAGGAUUUGUUUUAUUCUUAUUUCUUUAUCUUUGAUUUUGCUGAGUAAACGUCAAGUCGAUCAUGUGACUGUGGUGCAGCCCUGAUGAAGAAGAGGAAGAAGGCCUGCCCCCUGCUCUCUGCUGCUCUACACACAACUUACUGUACACAGAAACACACUCAACAUGUGGUCCUCUGCUGCUCUUUGUGUUUGCCAUGUACAAAAAAUAUUAAUAAAACAAUCUUAAAAAAAAAAAAAAAGACUUAUUUU